CAGACACAAGAAAAUUUUUAAAUUACAUAUAAAAAAAUUAAACAAUCAAAUUGAUAAAAUAAAAAAAAUGCAUGUACUGAUUGUCGAAUUUUCUAAAAGUCCAUUCUUUAAUUUUUCUUGUUGAAAAAAUUAUAUUUUAUUGUUUUAAAUGUAAUCAGAUGGUCGCGUAAUAAAUUUAUAAAACUAUUUUUUUUAAGACACCAUAAAACAAACAGAUGUAUAUGUCAACCCCAUCUAUUAAUUCAUUAUGAACUAAAGACGUCAAUUACAAAAAAAAAAUUAAAAAAUGGCAGUAAAUAUGUGAUCCAUACUUAAUUAUGUAAUAAUUAACACUAAAUUUCUAUGUAAUUGAAUAAUUAGCUCAUUAAUUGAUAUAAUUAAGUAAAGUUGAUAUAAAAUAUUUAAAUAUUUGUAUGACGUCAUUGGCUAUGGAUAAAUUUAAUAAUAAUAAUAAUUACAUUAUUGUUUCGGCUUUACGGAAAGGUAAUUUGAAGAAAGUCGAAGAACUCAUUAAUUCUAUUGAUUUUUCUAAUCCAUCAUUAUCGUUAUCUGGAUAUUUUUUACUCUGUCAUGCCAUCAACAGUCAACAUGAAGUCAUCAUAAAAUUAUUGAUAAACAAAAACGUUAUGGUUAAUUGUAGUUGCAAUUAUAAAAAACUUCACAACACUCCUCUUCAUUUAGCUGUUUUAUAUGAUGACUACGAUUUAAUCGAAACUCUUUUGGCUAAAAAAGUAAAUAUUGAUAUCAAGAAUCAAUAUGGCAAAACACCCCUCGAAUUAGCUAUUAUGAAAAGAAACAUGGAAAUAAUCGAAUUAAUUCUUAGUAAUACCAUCGAGGUAAACAUAAGUAAUAAUGAUUACACCAUGUUACUAUAUUAUACUAUAAAUGGAGGAUUCAUAAAAAUAGCCAUACAACUUUUAUUUAAAUGUUUUAAUAAUGUAAUUGAGAAAGUAUCCGGUUACAACGAUCCAUUGUACUCAGCAAUCGAUAAAAGAUAUUACCAAAUUGUACAGAUUCUUGUCGAUCGAGGAGUAGACAUUAAUUCAACUUAUUCGUCAAGUUGGUUAAUCAGUCAUCAAACGCCAUUACACCAUGCUUGUAAAAAUGGCGAUUAUAUGAUGGUUCAAUUAUUAUUAAAUAAAGGUGCUGAUGUCGAUAUAAAAGAUGAAUUUAAUAAAACUCCUCUUCAUGUCGCAGUUCAAGAAGGACAUGUGCAGACCGUCGUUACUCUUCUGAAACAUGGAGCGGAUAUUAAUUCUUUUUUUUACACAAUUGAUGAUAAUUAUUACACGGCAUUGCUUUUAGCUUGUGAAAGGGGUAAUGAAGAAAUAGUAAAGUUACUGUUAAAUAGAGGGGCGGAUGUUAAUGUUGAAAAUAAAUUUGGUUUAACUGCAUUUUCUCUCGCUGUAAGAAAUGGGCACAGUAAUAUUGCUAAAAUUUUAUUAGAUUUCGAGAAUACUAUUUUUAAGAUUAAUGAUAUUAAAUUUUUAUUAAAUAAAACUGAUAAAUGUAAAAUUAAAUAAAUUAAAUGUUUUUAUCUAUAACAUAUAAUAAAAUAUAAUUUCAAUAAAACAGUUAUCAAUAUUUUAAGAAACUCUGAUUCAUUAAAAUUUUUUAAUUAAAGAGAAAAAUUGAAAAAGGGAAAAAAAUUCCCAUAAAUAUUU